CGAUCCACCAAUGAGAGGGCUCCCUGCCCAGCUGACAUUUUUUAGUUCUUGACUGCAGCGAGCGCUCAGCGAACGCUCGUUUUGUGGUGAAGCCCACUGCCCAGUUGAAAUAAGACACAAAGAAAGCGUUCAACGCUAAGGACAUCUUGUUAACAGUGCAAUAAUGUAUUUAAGGAGAAAAAUACACGAUUAUCGAAGUGUUAUAUUAUAGCGCAGGUGUGUUCGUGUGGAGUUGAUGAUAUUGCUUGCUGUUUAGAAGAUGCACAGUAACGAGUCGGCGCCGGUGGCGGCGGCGGCGAGCGGGCCGGCUCUGCUCGGUCAGCUGGGGCGGCUGAUAGUGCGCGCGCGCAGCACCAGCCCCGCGCACGCGCAGCGUCGCCGACACAAGAUUAUCGCGGACCCCGACACCACUCAACAGAUCCAGCAGUGUCAACCGAAGCCGGCGGCGGAGCCCUCGCCGCGCGUGGUGGCGCAGCUCGACAGCCACGUGCACGCGCUGUGGAGCGACCACAUCCCGCUAUGCAUCGAGAUCUCCCUGGGCCCGGACUGCGCGUCGUGCUACGCGGGCCUGUGCGCGGAGGCGGAGGCGGGCUACGACAAGCCGCACGCGCACGCGCCCCGCCCCCUGCUCCUCGAGCGCUGGACCAUGCGCGUCACGCCCAACAAGAGCGAGGAGUCCGGUCCCGCGAUCACGGCGCACUGGCUGCUGAACGCCGUGCGGUCGCAGCUGCACUUCUCCCAGCUGUCCGCCUGGCGCGCCACCAUACACAGCUCCAGCGAGGACAAGCCCGCCGAGCGCAGGAGGAAGCUGAGUCGCGAGACGUGCAACUAUAAGAAGGUGGAGGCGAACUGCGACGAGAGCGAUCUGGAGGAGCGCAAGCUGAACCUCAUCUACUCCAUCCGGCUCCCCGGCGAGAGCCACGAGGGCGCGGAGUUCGCCCGCCCGCCCGCCGAGCACCGCUUCCCCGUCACCGAGCUGGGCGGCGCGCGUCUCGCCGUGCGCCUCGAGUCCCUGCCGCGCCUGCCGAGCGUGCCGCGCGUGCGCUGCGCCUGCCGCCCGCGCCGCCCCAGCCUGCCCCCGCCCCCCGCCGCGCCGCCCGCCCCGCUCGCGCCCGACGACCUCGCCGCGCAGCUCGGCACGCUCGCGCUCGGCCCGCGCCCGCCCCCGCCCGGCCCCGUCGACGACCGCAUGCUCACGCCGUGCAGCGCGAGCGGCAAACACCGUUGCAGCUGCGACGACGAGUCCGACGCCACGCGUUCGCCGCCCGCCGCCGCCCCUCCGCCCCCCGAGCCCGACGAGCGCCGCCUGCGCGAGAUCGCCAAGUACAAGCGCCGCCUGCGCAAGGAGAGCAAGCUGAGGAGACUCUGUGAUAGCACGUCGUCCGAGGGCGACGGCGCAAGGCGCGAGGCCCCCACGUCCAUCCCGAUCCUGCAGGCGGCGCGCUUCGACCGCCUGCGCGCGCUCGGCUGCCUGCGCCGGUACGCGCCGCCCGCGCCUGCCGCGCUGCGCACGCGCACCGUCGCCACGCAGACGGACGGGCCGGCGUGCGCGUGCGGCGCCGCCCCCGACCCGCCCGCGCCCGAGAACGGCGCGCGGCGCAAGCGCGGGGAGGACGACGGGCCCCCGCCGCGAAAUUGUGAUAGCUCGCAGUGUGAUAGUAACUUAGACAACGCUAGUUUUAAGUCAGAUAUAAUAUUGAGGCGGCCGAAAGUGCGGCGCCACUUCCCGCCCGCGGCCCGCAUCGAGCGCGUGAUCAGCGACCGCCUGGCGCAGACCGCCGACAUGCGCGACCUCAACCUGCGCGACGACGACUCCGUGUUCUCGGCGCCGCGCCCCGAGCCGAAGCGCCAGAAGACGUACUCCGUCGGAGACGACUACGUCUGCUACGAGAAGUGCGACUACGGCACCGUGGACGAGCUGGCGGGCGGCGCGGGCGGCGCGGGCGGCGCGGACGGCGUGGCGGGCGGGGGCGGCGCGGGGGGCGGGGAGGUGCCCUCGCCCACGGAGGUGGACCGGUUCCGCUGGCGGUUCGACUCGGCUGCGUCGAUGGUGUUCCACCACAAGACCGGGCUGCCGCUGACGUCCAGCCCCGCGCCGCUGCGCCGCGGCAGCACCUGCUUCGACUUCGACGACUCCAUCAACGGCGUCUCCGGGAUCAAAUCCGCGCUGUACCACGGGCCGGCUCCCGCGUCGCCGCCCCCCGCCGCCGCGCCGCCCCGCGCGCCACGCCCCCGCCACGGACCCAGCUCGGGCCUGCUCGGUAGCUUCGAGGAGUCGGCGCUGAAGGGUCGUCUGGAGCCGGUGGCGACGGUGGCGGGCUUCACGGCGGAGCUGGGUGCGUCGGGCGCCUUCUGUCCGCCGCACCGGCGCCUGCCCGUCACCGUGUUCUUCUACGCGCCGGGCGGGACCAACGCCCCCUACAUGGGACACAUCAACCUCGGCUCUGAGGGGUACCGUGUGGCUAGAUCUGGGACUAUACAGGUGUCGCUGUUCAAUCCUCACGGCACGCUGGUGAAGAUGUUCGUGGUGCUGUACGACCUGACCGCCAUGCCGCCGCAUGCGCGCACGUUCCUGCGGCAGCGCACGCUGUACAUGCCCGCCGGCGCCCCGCCCCCCGCGCCCGCCGGCACGCGCGACUGCAACAAGUGGCUGCGCUACCUCAUACACCUUCGGUUCAUGACGUCGAGAUCCGGCAAGCUUUACCUGCACACGGACAUCCGCAUCAUCGUGUCCCGCAAGGCCGACCUCGACACGGCCACCGCACAUUCCGCCCUCUUCCGCCCCAUCGCCCCGCCCCACAGCCCCACCGACGAGCUCAGCGACGGCGACGACAAACUGACCAACGGUGACGCUAAAUUGACUAACGGUGACGCUAAAUUGACCAACGGUGACUCUAAAUUAAAAGGUAGGGAUAAAUUAAGCAAUGGGAGCUCAGAUUUAGCUAAUGGAAGCGCAGAGAAGUUUACGAAUGGAAGAAUAGAAAAGUUGAUCGACGGACGUGAGGAUAAACUGACCAACGGCAGCGUAGAGAAACCGACAAACGGGAGCUCAACUUUAACCAAUGGGAGUGCAGCUCUGACCAACGGCAGCGCGGGUCCGCACGGCGUCGUGACGCGCGCGCCUAACCGCGUAUUCGGCGGGUGCGGCGAUCUGGAGGCGGGGGGCGGCGCGGAGGGCGUUGCCGGCGCGGGCGUGCCGUACGAGCUGCGCAGCUUCACGUACGCGCCCGACAACCCCCGCUUCUCGCCGCGGUAGUGGCUGUUAUGUUUUAGUGCCUGUAUUGAUUUGUGUUAAUGUAUGUAAUGAGAAAGAAAUAUAUUUUUUGGUUUAUAUAAA